AUGGCCGCCCGGCUUGUCCAUCUCCUUCUAGCGCUCGCCUACGUGACGUCGCCCAGCGUCGCCGGUGCUUCCGGCUACGACGUCAUCCGCCAGGUGACGGACACCGGCUACGGCGCUGGACUUCCCGGGCUGCUCCUGGAGGCACAGUUCGCGGCGUUCGUGCGGCGGCACGGCAAGGAGUACUCCGGCCCGGAGGAGUACGCGCGCAGGCUGCGCGUGUUCGCGGCGAACGUGGCCCGCGCCGCCGCCCACCAAGCGCUCGACCCCGGCGCACGCCACGGCGUCACGCCCUUCUCCGACCUCACUCAGGAGGAGUUCGAGGCGCAACUCACGGGCCUCGUCGGCGCUGACCACGUCAUGCGCAGCGUGCAGGGGAUGCCGGCCGCGGCGACGGUGACGGAGGAGGAGGUGGCCGCGCUGCCCGCCAGCUUCGACUGGCGCGACAAGGGUGCCGUCACUGAGGUCAAGAUGCAGGGUGUGUGCGGCUCGUGCUGGGCUUUCAGCACGACCGGCGCGGUGGAGGGCGCCAAUUUCGUCGCCACGGGGAAGCUCCUCAACCUCAGCGAGCAGCAGCUGGUCGACUGCGACCACACGUGUGACGUGGUGGCGAAGAACGACUGCAACAACGGCUGCUCCGGCGGGCUGAUGACGAACGCGUACGCGUACCUGAUGAAGGCCGGCGGGCUGAUGGAGCAGGCCGCGUACCCGUACACGGGCGCGCAGGGGCCGUGCCGGUUCGACGGGAGCAAGGUCGCCGUCCGCGUCACCAACUUCACGACGGUGCCCCUCGACGAGGACCAGAUGCGGGCGGCGCUCGUCCGCGGCGGGCCCCUCGCCGUGGGCCUCAACGCAGCCUUCAUGCAGACGUACGUCGGCGGCGUGUCCUGCCCGCUCAUCUGCCCGCGGGCGAUGUUGAACCACGGCGUGGUCCUCGUCGGCUACGGCGCGCGCGGCUUCUCGGCGCUGCGGCUCGGUUACCGCCCCUACUGGCUCAUCAAGAACUCGUGGGGGAAGCAGUGGGGCGAGGAAGGCUACUACAAACUCUGCCGCGGCCGCAACGUCUGCGGCGUCGACAGCAUGGUCUCUGCCGUCGCCGUGGCGCCGUGA